AACGGAGACCUUGUAGGAUCCCCAUGAUUUUGAUGAGAAAAACCUAUUCCAUUGGUUCCUGGAAGAUGUUCCCAAAAUGGCGCGCGGUGGGCUCCUACCUCCUGCAGCACUUGGGGCGCUCUCGGGGCUGGUGGUUGUGGUCUUGCUGCAGUCCAACACGCAGGAGAGACUUUUCAACACACUACAACCUGGCGUGCUGACGCGGACGGCUGAGACUGUGCGAGCUGAAGUGACUCAGGCCGGAACCUCCAAUGUUCAAGCCAAGGUCGAAGCGCCCAGCCCUGCAGUUGUGGCACCACCCUCCGUGACAGCUCCAACGGCAGUGGCCCCUGUGGCACCGGUGCCGGUGCCCGAGGCAGCUCCAAAAGCAGAGGUCAAAGACACCUCGGGUCUUACACCCUCCUCCGAUGAAGAACGUCGCGUGCUGGAUGUGGUGAAGAAGAGGGCUGGAGUGUACAAAGAUAAGGAUGCGCAUCCGGAAUUUGCAUCAGUUGUGCUCCUUACAGCUGCAAACUAUGCAUAUUUUUCCAUUUACAACAAUUGGCGUUGCAAUGCAGAGAGGCAUGGUUUGGAUUGGGCUGUGAUAGCCAAUGAUGACAAAGCCUUUGAAGAAUUGGGACCAGACAGAGGUUUGCUGGCGAUUGGAGAGAAAGUAAGUGGAAUGAAUGGAUGGGGCAGCGCCAAACUGGACAGCGUUGGACGGAACAAGAUGUUUAUGGUGUUGACCAUCAUGAGGAUAGCAGAUCUUGGAGUUGUGUUCACUGAUGCCGACAACAUGUUUCUUGGAGAUCCAUUUGCACAAGGGGUCCAUUUGGGAGAUCUGAUUCGCAGUGGUAAGUAUGACUAUGUCUACCAAGAGGAACUGGCCAAGGCCCCAGCAAAAGAUCACGUGGUGCCUGGUGAUGGUGGCAACACUGGUUUUUUCUAUGCGACGCCACGCAACAACAAGAAGAUGAUUUCCUUCUUCACGGAUGUUGUUGCAGAGGUCGAUCGGCAGCGAGAGGAUGCUUUCCGUAAAUCCGGCGAACGACUGGGUGCUGAUCAGCCCAUCUUCUGGCAAGUCAUGCAGAAGCUGCGAAGCACACAGGGCCAAACUGGGCCAGGAGGAUUCAAAUGUGUGCGACUCUGCAAACAUAAUCCCACCUGCAAAGCUGUUGCAGAAGAAACCUUGAAUUAUUGUUCGAUGAAUCCAUUUCUGCAUCCAACAGGAUGGGAAGAGCCACCUAGUGGCUUGGUCACGUAUCAUGCCAACUAUGCUGCCAACGAGGCGAAGAUUGACAAGUUGAAGAAAGCUGGGGUUUGGGAUGCGUGGUCAACUGAGGAGAAGAAGUGCAUAGUAAAAGAUCCACAGUCGCAACUACUCACCGUGGACGCAGAUGAAGAACGUCGCGUGCUGGAUGUGGUGAAGAAGAGGGCUGGAGUGUACAAAGAUAAGGAUGCGCAUCCGGAAUUUGCAUCAGUUGUGCUCCUUACAGCUGCAAACUAUGCAUAUUUUUCCAUUUACAACAAUUGGCGUUGCAAUGCAGAGAGGCAUGGUUUGGAUUGGGCUGUGAUAGCCAAUGAUGACAAAGCCUUUGAAGAAUUGGGACCAGACAGAGGUUUGCUGGCGAUUGGAGAGAAAGUAAGUGGAAUGAAUGGAUGGGGCAGCGCCAAACUGGACAGCGUUGGACGGAACAAGAUGUUUAUGGUGUUGACCAUCAUGAGGAUAGCAGAUCUUGGAGUUGUGUUCACUGAUGCCGACAACAUGUUUCUUGGAGAUCCAUUUGCACAAGGGGUCCAUUUGGGAGAUCUGAUUCGCAGUGGUAAGUAUGACUAUGUCUACCAAGAGGAACUGGCCAAGGCCCCAGCAAAAGAUCACGUGGUGCCUGGUGAUGGUGGCAACACUGGUUUUUUCUACGCGACGCCACGCAACAACAAGAAGAUGAUUUCCUUCUUCACGGAUGUUGUUGCAGAGGUCGAUAGGCAGCGAGAGGAUGCUUUCCGGCGCUUCGGCGAACGCUUGGGUGCUGAUCAGCCCAUCUUCUGGCAAGUCAUGCAGAAGCUGCGAAGCACAGGUGGCAAAGUGGGCCCUGGAAGUUUCAGAUGCGUCCAUUUGUGCAGCAGCACAGCUACCUGCGAGGCUUCUCAGGAAGAUACCAUGAGGUACUGCUCCAUGGAUCCCUUCAUGCAUCCAACGGGCUGGGAGACUCCUCCCGAGGAGCGCGUCACAUAUCACGCCAACUACGCUGCCAACAUGGACAAGAUUGCCAAGCUCCAGAAGGCAGGUGUUUGGGACGCCUGGUCUGAACAGUCCAAGGGAUGCAAAGGCAGCGCUGAAGGGGAAGUGGCCAAGGUGGCGGUUACCACCAUCGACGAUGCACCUACCAAAGACAUGGAGCCAGUGCUCCAAUGCCUGCGGCUCACAAGCCCUCAGAUCACCACGCUGAAAUAUCCCUCGGAUGCUGAAGCACACUUUGAGGAGCUGCGGAAGGUGCUGAGUGAAUGGUUUGACUACGCGGCGAAGAAGUUCAUGGCUGACAUGAAGAAUCCGUACCACUGUGGAGAAGGAUACUGCGGCCCUUGGAUUGAGAAUCGCUGGAUCAAGCGCUUUCUCGGAGGCUGGGAAAAUCGCAGCGCCGGCACGAGAUUGUCAGACAUCUUUGGGCCCUUUAUUCCCAUUUUCAUGACCUACGUUGACCUUUGGGUUGCCAACGUCUUCGAGUAUGAGAACAUGAUCGAAGCAUUGCGGAAGGCAGUGAGGCCUGAUGUUGCGUACAUCACCGUGGUGCAGCACGACACCGGUCUGGUCUCCAGCCGAGAAAAGAUCAUCAAGAUCAUGAAGGAGAUUCCAAAUGUGCUGGUCUUGAGUGCGGGUGGCUAUGGACAUGUUCCUAUCCCACUCUUCAAACAGCCUGAGGAGUUGUUGGGAAAGCGCUUCUUCAAAGCGAUGGACAAGAGAGAGUUGCUCACAUCCUACAUGGGUUCUGACCACAAUGCCCCUCAGGACAUGAGAAAGAAGAUGAUCAAAACAGUGAAUGAGGAAGCAGAAAAACUGGGAGUGAAGGUUCACACUGGUUUCGGCAGUGCCGAUGAGUGGCACAAAGUCGCUGGCAAUUCGAAGGUGAGCCUCUGUCCCCGUGGAUAUGGGCGAACUGCUUUCCAUCUCUUCGAGAUUCUUCAGCUUGGCUUGAUUCCAGUGCACGUGUACUUGGACAUUCCCUGGGUGCCAUAUUCAGAUCUCUACGAAAGCAUUGGCUUCUCAACCGAUGUCAAGGGCUUGCCAGGGCUGAUGAAGAAGAUCAACGGUAUGGAUUUAAAAGAUCUGGAACGCAUGGAGGAGAAGAUCCGCUCGCUGAGGUCAAGCCAUUUCACCGACGAAGGUCUUCUGAAUCAGAUUUCGCUUUUCAUGAAGAAUGGCGGAAGUGACUUGCGAUGUCAGAAAGUGCCAUCCACAAUGAAUGGUUAGCUUAGAUAGAUUCUGAGCGCAGAAAAAAAA